AUGUGGUUUGAGGAACGAAGCUGGUCUAACCUGAAGAUGUCAUCGAUGCUUGUAGAGGAGUGGCGUGACCUAUGGCCUAUCAAAAUUGAUAUGGUUGUCGCAUCACUUGCAUAUGUUUUCGCAACUACCAAUUUUCUCAACUUGCCGGGACUUAUACUUCAAAAUGGCGGAUUAGCAUUUAUCGCGGCUUAUGGUACAUCAUUACUUGUUUGUGUUUUGCCAAUUAUUGUAAUGGAAUUUUCGGUUGGACAGCUUGCUGGACGAGCACCUGUCAAAGCACUUUACAACAUAUGCCCACUUUUCAAAGGCGUUGGCAUUGCCCAAAUAAUCUUUUCCCUAUUCAUAUUGGCGCACAUGACGCGGUACCUGGCAUGGCUUCAGCUUUACCUGUUUCAUCUCUUCUGGGCUAUAUUAGCUGGACGACCAGGCUUACCAUGGUUGCAUUGUAAGAGUUUCCCCGAGCUUCAGACAUUACCAUGCGAAGAGGCUGGCUCCGUGGCAAAUCUCACAUAUGCUAGUACGACAAAACUGAAUACUUUAAAUGCCCAAUCAUCACUUGUUCAGUUCAUGACAAUGUUGGAACGACCAUCGAGCAACAUUGCGGAAACAGGCCAUUUGCAAUAUUAUAUUCUUGCUUCUAUGGGAGUCGUUUGGUUACUAGUCUUUCUGGCCACUUGUUUUGGUGUCCGUUGUUAUUGUGAAAUCAUUCCAGGUUAUGCAUUUAACCUUCAUCAUGCCUGUGGUUUUACUGUGUUUACUUCUAGUACGUGCUUUAACACUUCAAGCUUUUCAUUAAAGAUGUGGAAGACGGCCAUCGAGCAGGCUGUUUUUGCUACCGGAAUUGGUUUCGGUGUUUUUAUUACGAUUGCUUCGUAUAACAAACGGACAAACAACCUUGUUGGUGAUGCAUGGAUAAUCAUGUUUGGUCAUAUCGUAUUGACGCUUAUACAGGUACUUGUAAUACUUGGAUUUCUUGGUCAUUUAAGUGUGCGACUUGGAUUACAACCAAUCGAGCUUCUUGAUCGAGGGGAAGCGCAAAUGUGGCAUAUUCUUACAUAUAUGUCAUAUAUACCGGAUAUACGGACAUGGACUGCAAUUCUUUUGUUUAUGUGCAUUUUCUAUCUUCUCACUUUGAACAUACUGGCAACGUUUGAAGAUGCAUUCGGUGAGAAAUCGUCCCGUUGUUUUCCGCGAUUCGUACUCGACCUUUUUAUCUGUUGUAUUGCUUUCGUCGCUGGCUUUUAUUUCGCUACAGAG